AUGGAGGACGCGGAAAGUGCUGCGCGCAAGCAUCUGAUACUUACCGAGCUGUUUGGCGUGAAUCCACGUGUGAUUGUGGACAAUCUCGUGGUAUCUGCAAAUGAGCACCUGUAUGUGCUUGGCUCGCAGCUAGAAGAGACCGUGCGUGGCAUGCUUGGCGACGCAGAAGACGCCGAGCGGAAAGCGGAGCAGGGUGUGCAUGCAAUUACGACAUUGCUGGAGCAUUCUAUAGAUCAUGCCAUGGACACUUUUGAGUUGUUCUGUUUGCGCUCUAUAUUUGUCAUCACCCCAGAGCAGUCUCGGCUUAUUACCAUGGCGCACCACCGCGGCCUUGAUUUGCGGGCGAGCGAUUUGCCACCCGCCGGUAAUGCGCCGCUUUUAAAGAAUGACGAAGAGGUGCCACAGAUUGUGCCUCCUGCUGAAGACAUGCUGCGGCGCAAGAUUGCAGGCGUACGUAUUCUGCUAUGCCACUUACAAAAACAGGCGCGCGCUACACAGCACCGACUCGCCCAAGCGGAGCGCGCUUCGAAAGUGCGACUGGAACGCGCCGAGCUAAUGCGUUCUGCAUACGCAUUUAUCGUGCAAGGCGCACGGUCCAUUGCAUCGGACGAUGUGCGAAAUGCGGACGUCGAUGCUCUCAUGCAGGCCAUGGUUGCACUCGCGACAAAAGUGCGCAGCGACACGGAUAGCAUGAUGGAAGCACUCGAGAUUUUGCGCGACAAUAAGCCAUUAAGCUGCACAUUGCUCCCUCUGGAUACACAGGAGCCUGCGCGGGACGAGGAGCCGAUGCUGGGCGACCAGCGGCAAUGGGAAAAGGGACGCGAUGAGUAUCUGAACUGGGAAGCGAGCCGCAUCAUUGCCAGUAUGAAACAGUCCACAAAUGCGCCCCAGUAA